AAGUGAGGCUUCCGUAGGAAAAGCUCGGUAUUUACCCAGGCUUACCAUUUCUCAAGUGCUUGCGAGGUGAUUAGGAGGCAAAGAUGUCGGAGCGAAAAGUAUUAAACAAAUACUACCCGCCGGACUUUGACCCAUCAAAGAUCCCCAAACUCAAGCUCCCCAAAGACCGGCAGUACGUGGUGCGGCUGAUGGCCCCCUUCAACAUGAGGUGUAAGACGUGCGGAGAAUACAUCUACAAGGGGAAGAAAUUCAACGCUCGGAAGGAGACGGUGCAGAACGAGGUCUACCUGGGCCUGCCCAUCUUCCGCUUCUACAUCAAGUGCACGCGCUGCCUGGCAGAGAUCACCUUCAAGGUAGACGAGACGGCCAGCCAGGCCGGUCCCUCUCCCCCAGCCCACCUCAAAUCAGGGCGGGCCCUGGGGUUCCUUACUCCGAUCCUCUCCAUGCAGGGAAUCUCCUUUCAGUUUAUCCCCGAUUAACAGACCACAGUUUGGGGGAGAUGUUCAUGCAGCAUUCUAUAUAAAGGCAAAAAGACAGAAGCAGCCUAUAUAGAUAAGAUAAGGGAUGAGAAGAACAAAUUAGCUGGCAGGCUGGGUGCGGCUCACACCUGUAAUCCCAGCACUUUGGGAGGCCAAGGCGGGCGGAUUGCCUGAGGUCAGAAGUUCAAGACCACCCUAGUCAA